CUCUCUCAUAUUAAAAAAAAAUCCCAAAACGAAAGUCUCCCCUUAAAUCUCUCACCAAAAUCUAGAGACGCAGAAUCAAACCCCCCCUAUAUAAAUAGCAAAUCGAUUCAAUUCAAUGAUGUUUGGCGAUCAUCAUAAUUAUAGUAGCAGUGAUACUAAUCGGUGGUCGAUGAUCGGCAAUUCCUCGGCGACUCAGUCGUCGUCGUCAUGGACGAAGUUCGAAGACAAGGUCUUCGAGCAAGCUCUGGUGAUGUUUCCCGAGGAAAAGGCCGAGCGUUGGGAGAUGAUCGCUGAACAGAUUCCGGGGAAGUCGCCGGAGGAGGUUAGGGCUCACUACGAGGCUCUGGUUCACGACGUUUUCGAGAUUGACUCGGGCCGAGUCGAAUUGCCGAGUUACUCCGAUGAUUGGUGGGAUGAGCCCGAGUCCACGCCGAGUCAGAUCUCGUUUGGGUCCUCGGCGGCGGCGAAGACUAAGCACGGCGAGGCCGAUAGGAAGAAAGGAACCCCGUGGACGGAAGAAGAACACAGGUUAUUUCUACUAGGUCUCAAGACUUAUGGCAAGGGUGAUUGGCGGAGCAUCUCAAGAAACGUGGUGGUGACAAGAACACCGACACAAGUGGCUAGCCAUGCCCAAAAAUACUACCUUCGCCAAAACUCAGCGAAGAAGGAGAGGAAGAGGUCGAGCAUCCACGAUAUCACCACCACGGUUGACACCAAUUCGAUUCCUCCACCACCUCAGUUCCCUAAUCAAGGAGCCUCAACGGGGUAUCAAAGCUUCAACUAUCCCAUGUAAAAAAACAAAGAAAAAAAAAAAAAAUAAAGGUUUUAACACACUUGUGUAUAUAGAACAGUUACGGGAAUCGACAAACAAUCUGUAAAGUUCUAUUCUUUCUUAGCUGACAGUAGAUGAAAGGAACAUCAAGUGAAUAUGAGAUAAUGGGUUGUGAUUUUCAGUUGAGUCACCUAAUGAGAUUUAGGUUUAACA